AUGUUCGCCCCGCGAUCCUUGCUGCUGUUGUGCGUUCUUGGGCCACCUUUUUUCUUCUUCUCUGCUCUAGGCCUGGAAUGUGAGGUCGACUGUCACCCGGACAGAGGGAUCUGUGACAAGGACCAGUGCAGAUGUCGACCUGGUUGGCAGGGACCCCUGUGCAAUGAGUGUAUGCCCUUUCCUGGCUGUCUACAUGGAAGUUGUUCCCUGCCCUGGCAAUGUAUCUGUGAGGACGGCUGGAUCGGAAAUCUCUGUGAUAUAGAUCUCCAGUUGUGUGCGACCAAAGCCUGCCACAAGAAUGGGACAUGCACUGGUUCUGAAGAAGGAGGCUCCAGCUGUUCUUGUGUCCCUGGUUCUUCAGGAAGAAACUGUCAUUUUAAGGAAGGACCUUGUGUUAUUAAUGGCUCUCCCUGCCAGAAUGGAGGAGCUUGCAUCGAUGACAAUGGGCUCGCCUCCUAUACCUCCUGCCUGUGCCCCGAGGGCUUCUCUGGCAACUUCUGUGAACUCGACAUGAAUAGCUGCGUCCCAAAUCCAUGUGAGAAUGGAGGUAUGUGCACUGAUAUAGGCGGAGACUUCCGUUGUCGCUGCCCACUGGGGUUCAUGGACAAGACCUGCAGCCGACGUGUGGGGGACCAUUGUGCCAGCGGUCCCUGUGAGAACGGGGGUACCUGUGUGCCUCAUGCCAGAGGAGGCUUUGAAUGCCUCUGUAGACCAGAAUUCUCUGGGCCCACUUGUAACCAUGGCCACCCAAACCAUAGCCACCCAGGAACCAAGACCAAGAGGGGUCCUGGGCUGCCUGACCGACUUCCCCCUGAGACUCAGGGCAGGAUUGCCACCCAUCAACCCAACCACAGAAUGCUGAAAAUCACCAUGAGGGAGCUGACCAAGAACAGUAAACCUCUGCUUAAUGAAAGCCAGGCCAUCUGUUUCACCAUCCUGGGGGUGCUGACAUGCCUAGUUGUCCUGGGCACUGUCAGCAUUGUGUUCUUCAACAAGUGUGAGGUGUGGCUUUCCAAUGCCAAGUACAGCCGUCUCCUUCGUAAAAAAAAGAACUUGCUUCUCAGGUACAGUAAUGGUGAUGAGCAUACCAUUAACAUCAUCUUACCUGAGAAGAUGAAUCUGAAAUCCUAUAGUAAGUGCCUGAAUGAGAUAUGA